ACAUUAGUUGAAUAUGGAGCAAACGUCACCAUGCAAAACCACGUGGGAGAGAAACCCUCACAAAGUGCUGAGCGACAUGGGCACACCAUGUGUUCCCGCUACUUAGUGGUUGUGGAGACUUGUAUGUCAUUGGCCUCUCAGGUUGUCAAGCUAACUAAGCAACUGAAGGAGCAAACAGUGGAACGUGUGACUUUACAGAACCAACUCCAGCAGCUUUUAGAAGCCCAGCGAUCAGAGGACAAAUCACUGCCCAUAUCCCCAAGCUCGCCGUCAUCUCCUGCUUCUGGCAAACCCCAGUGGAAACCAUCUGAAGCAGAUGAAUUAUCUCCACCAAAAAGUAAAUUGAACGCCCAAGAUGGGAUUCAGAUUCUUGGCAGCUUGGGAACUUCUAGUCGCACUCGAGCCAAGAUAAAAGAUGAGGACUCAGAUAAAAUCUUGCGCCAGUUGUUGGGGAAGGAAAUCUCUGAAAAUGUCUGUAUGCAGGAAAAGCUGACUUUGGAAUUUCAGGAUGCUCAUGCAUCCUCCAAGAACGUGAAGAAGAUUUUGCCAGAGAAAAGGGAGCUGAAGUUAGCCAGACUGAGGCAACUGAUGCAGCGGUCACUCAGCGAGUCUGACACAGACUCAGCUAAUUCUGAGGACCAUAAGAACACCCCUGUGAAAAGAACUGACAAACCGAGGCCUCAGCCCAUAGUGGAGAGUGUGGAGACCACCGAAAGUUUGCACCUGAUGAUUAAGAAACACACUUCUGCUGCAGGACGCCGCUUCCCUUUUGGUAUCAGGGCAUCCAAGUCUGUGGAAGGCCACAGUCCUUCCCCUACUUCAGAGAGCAGCGAUCCGGAUAACGAAUCCCCGUAUCAGCCCGGCACUGUGCCUCAGAGCCAGUUUUGUGGAGACAACUCUCCAUCCAGCGCGGACAGUGCCGCUGCUCAAAAGGUUGCCACCAGCCCUAAGAGUGCUCUCAAGUCUCCCUCUUCAAAGCGCAGAACCUCCCAAAAUUUGAAACUCCGAGUGACUUUUGAGGAGCCUGUGGUGCAGGUGGAGCUAGCAGAGUCAGAACUAAAUGAGGAAAAGGAUAAAGACCGGGGCAAAGGACUUGUGCGAGCUCCACCUGGCUCCGGGGAGCCGUCGGGGGACCAGCUGAGAAGGCCUUUUGGAACCUUCCGGUCCAUAAUGGAGACGCUUAGUGGCAACCAAAAUAACAACAACAACUGUCAAACAGCAAAUCUGAUGAAAACCUCAUCGACGCUGCCUUUUACCUCAUUAGGAAGGAAGACAGCAGACAACAAGGGAAAUCCAGCUGCUCUCACAAAAGGAAGAAAUAAGCCAGGUCCUUACUGCAGCUACACCAGUCUUUCUUCUAGCACGCUGAAUGAAGAACUUCUGUAUAACUAUGCUUGGCAUGAUGACAUCAAUAGGAAAAGCCAGAAAUUCAACAGUCAAAAAAGUACUGAAGAUCCAGAGCUGCAGGAAUUAUUCCUCUAAACCACAUCUCAUGAUGUCUCACUUUGUUUGAAAUACCUGAAGUAUAUCCUUUUGAAACACUAAUAGAGACAUGUCCCUCACCAGCAAAACAGCAGCUGUUAGGAUGCCUUAAUUUGUAGCAGUUAGACCAUAUACAAAACUUUUUUAUGAUAUAUGUGUAUAUGUAACUUGUUUGUAAGCUGUGCUGUGGAAAGGCAUGGGUGUGCAAAAGUAACAGUUUGAAAAUUGUUAUGACACAGGCAACCUCCAAAAUGUUUGUUGGGCCACAGAACACAUUUUGUACUUUGUGUCUUGCAUGGAUAUAUUGUCAUGUAUCUUUAUUUCCCUUUGUCAAUGGCAUAUACUGUCAAAGUUUCAGCCGGGACUGCCUACUCAGCUACUCAGUGAGACCAAGGCAAAAGCGUUUGUUUUUUUUUUAUAUGUUUUGUCUGUUGUUAUUUCUAUUUUUUGUAAAAAGGAAAUAAAGACAGUGUUAAUAGGA